AUGUUCAGUGCUGAUCAGAAACUACUCGUGCCUAAACCCAAUGCCAAUUCCAAUCCCAACACAGAUACAGAUCUAGACAUGGACAUGGACAGCCGCAAAGACAGCGUCCGCAACGCCGAGGCCACAGGUGUCUUCUGCUGGCAACUGGCCACCUACCCGCUCCGGCACGCUGUCAGCGUCACCGCCCAACCGGUCCCCUACGGCGUGGACGAGUUCGAGCGUGCGGGCUUGACAAAGACCUAUUCGAAAGUCUUGAAGACGCAGGUGCCCAUGGUCGCCGAGAGUCCCGUCCGCUUCGAGUGUGAGUAUCACUCCACCCUCAAGUUGCCGGGGAAUCCGCCCACGGGAAGUGUCGACGUCGUGAUCGGGAAGGUGGUGGGCAUUCAUGUCGACGAGAGCGUCUUGACGGACGGCAAGAUCGAUGUCAGCAAGACCCAGCCCAUCGCGAGAUGUGGCUACUACGAGUAUGCUGUCGUGAGGGACACGUUUGAUAUGAUCGUUCCAAGAGUCACUACUACGCUGUUUGGAUUGGCCGGCGACGUUAAGAUGCACAGCAAACAUAGAGAUCCCGUGGAGAAGACUACUGAUGUGGAUGAACCUACGUCUUCUUGA